AUGGCUCCUCCUCACCGUCAGAGUGACCGUAACCACCGCGAAGACCGAGAUCGAAGCCCACGCCGCACGACUUGGGGUCAAACGGGUGGUUCACAGAAUGAGGAUGCGGGAGCCGCCCAGCGAGCUGUUGACGAAGCCAUAGACAGACAUCGUCAAGCUCAACGUCAAGUUGACGAGGCCAUGGAACGGCAACGUCAGGCUCAACGCGAAGUCGACGAAUCAAUGAAACGGCAACGCCGGGGAGUAGUUCAGGGCGAAGUUUCGCGUCUGCAAAGCCGUGCAGCCUUCCUUGCUGGUGGUCAGGCUAGUGGUGGUGGUCAGGCUAGUGGUGGUGGUCGUGAUUCACAGAGCCAAACCCAAAGUCACCGAAUACCCUCUGUUGCAAGCAAUCGCAACACAUCUGCUCUUCGCUCUACUUUUCGCCAGGCCAGCAGACCAACUGGCAUCACCAAGCCUCGGCAGACACCAAGUGUUGGGCCACGCGUCCCCAUGAACACCGUUCCCGAGGCUGAGGGGCAAGAAUUCGUCCCCAGUCAUCAUGGAACUGCUCGCACCGCUGUUGUCAACCAGACUCUCGGUACAGGUGGGCAGCACCACUACCACUUCCCCGCGUCAACCGGCUUUGGCGGUAUGCAUGGAGUCACCAGUGAUACGAAUUACUUGAAAGCAGUCGGCGACCAUGUGGAGAAGGUCAAUAAGUGCUCAGGGGUGUCCUACCGCGUGGAGCCCAGGAUCAACGACGCCAAGAGCUUCAUGGAAAAUGAAGAGAAGCUCGUGAGGGUCACUUCUUCUUCUGGCCGAACCCGACACGUCACGUCCAAUGCUCUCGGUGAACCCAGCGGGGUCGAGGCCUCACGGCAACCCAGCAGUGAGUGUGUCUACUGCAAAAGCAAGACACACACCCUGCGCCACUGUCUGGAUGCAGAUGAGGGCAUGAUCUAUGGUUGCGUGAUAUGCAACAAGGACGAUCACUUGGUAGACGAAUGCCACCAGUUUCGGAACAUGUCUCUGAAACAACAGGUUGAGCUCCUGGUCUUUGACCGGGCCAAUAUGCCCCGCCUCGCGGUUAGCAAGGGGUUUCCCAAGUGGUACGAUCUCCUCGAAAGAGCUAUCUCAUCCGGGGAUAUUGAUGACAACGAACCAAUGAAGGGUUUUCCCUGGACUGGUAAAUUCUGCACGGACAUCUGCUACGAGGAGAAUGGAGACACGAUCAAGGCACUUCAGAAGCGGUUCGAUGAAUCCGGCUUCGACACGUCGAUCCUGCCCGUGGACCCUAACAGGGCAUCACUGAGCGCGGUCCGAAACUGCUACGACUACUGUGCUUAG